AUGCUAGCCUCGGGGGCAGUUGCAGCUAUUGUAGGGCUACUGGCCCACCAACUUGUCUUUAUUUACGGGGAAUGGCACUUAAAGGCCCCGAGUGUCGUUCAUUUUCAUCUCUUUUCUGGCAGUUUAUUAUAUGCAAACCAUCUGUUUGGCCAUGGAAGCACGCAAGCCAGCUUGAUUCGCACAGUAUACCUGGCGGCAUGCUAUCUCUCGUCACUAUUCACCAGCAUUGCAGUAUAUCGACUCCUAUUUCAUCGAUUGAAAAACUUCCCCGGUCCCAAAUUAGCCGCAGUGACUAAAUUAUGGCAUGUGUGGAAAUGCCACGACUCACGCGGGCAUCUUGUCUUGCAGGCUUGGUACGAAAAAUAUGGGGAGUUUGUACGAACCGGUAAGAGAUAUCCGAAACCAAAUAGGGACUCCCUGGUGACAUUGGGGAUUAAAUAUUCAGGUCCUGCCGAGAUUACCAUAUUCCACCCCGAGGCCUACGAGGCCAUGGAUGGUCCUAACAAUCACAACACACGCUCUGAUUGGUACGACCUAUUAUAUCCUCGGAUAUCCUCAAUCUUUACUCGCGACCGACAGCUGCAUAAUGAACGGCGGAAAAUGUGGGAGCAAGCGCUGAGUAGAAAAGGUCUUGUACACUUAAAGUAUCAUCGGCGGGUGCUGGAGAAGGUACGAACACUGGAAAGCCUAGUUGCUUUAGAACAAUCACGCCCUGUGCUGAUAAAUGACCUAAUGUAUUUCUUUGCUUUUGACUCGAUGGGUGAUUUUUCUUUCAGCGAAGAUUUUGGUAUGAUGAGGAACCAGAGGUGGCAUUCAUCGAUAGCUAUGCUGCGCUCGGCGCUCACGUUGUUGGGUCCAUUCAGUCCUGCGAUAUGGAUCCCGAGACUGGGGUUCGCAUUUAUGCCCGCACUGUGGAAGGUUCGACACUGGUUUCAUAUGCUUGAAUUUUGUGACCAGUGCAUGUCUCGACGGAUGAAGAAAACGCUCCCAGAUCGCGAUAUUGCAUCUUGGUUUAUCGAGGACCACGUCAAACACGGAUCAGAUCCUACGCGGGCGAGGUGGUUGAGCGGUGAUACUGCAACACUAGUUGUAGCUGGAAGCGACACCACUGCUCCAAGUCUAACCCUUCUCUUAUAUUUUCUCGCCCGCUAUCCUAUGCAUGCUGAAAAGAUAUGCGAAGAGAUCCAGGGGAUUGACAGGGAGAAUCCGGCUACUUUGGCCUCGUUGCCACACUUGACGGGGACUAUAAAUGAAGCAAUGCGAUUGCUUCCAGCAGUAAUAACUUUUAGCUCUCGAUUAACUCCACCAGAAGGAUUGAUGAUAGAUGGCACGUUUAUCCCGGGAAACACCAAAAUAUGUGCACCACGUUAUACAAUUGGUCGACCAUAUAUCCACCCCCAUGAGUUCAUUCCCGAGCGGUGGUACAGCCAACCAGAGCUGAUCAAGGAUAAAAGGGCAUUUGCUCCUUUUGGUGUCGGGCGUACGAGCUGUGUUGGUCGUCAUUUAGCUCUCGCACAAAUCCGUCUCGUAACUGCUGCCUUGGUGUUCCACUAUCGGAUCGAAUUUGCAUCUGGUGAAAAUAACGGUGAGGCUGUCGAACGGGAUAUGAAGGACCAGUUGACUGCUCAGCCUGGUGCUUGUCGGCUUGUGUUCCAACGUCGGUGUGAGAAAAGUUGA